AAGGUUCUUUGUGAAAAAAAAAUUAAUUGAAAAAAAAAAAAAAAAAAUUGUGCGUGUGGCGAAAAAAAUCCCUUAAAGAAGUUAAUUCUGCAAUAAAAUUGUUAGAGAAAACAUAAAUUUCAUCAAAAUAAAAUUUUUAUUUUUCCCAAACAAAAAAGAAAAAUACAAAAAAAAAAUCCACUAAAUUUACGUGUCGCCUUGAUGUGAAGAAAAAAAGUGUUUCGCAAGUGUUUUAUUUUUUUUUCUCACACGGGCACAAAAGUGGAAGACUUCAAAACCAAGACACCGAGACGACGGCAGCGACGAACGACGACGACGAAAAAAUCAACUUUUAUUCGUCAUGAUGAUGUAUUCAAUUAUCGAUUAAAUAUCCUCUCUCAAUCGUCACGCUAAUAAUGUUUAAAAAAAUCAAUUUUUUAUGCACACACGCCAACUGAACUCAACACACACACUCGUACAACAUAAAAUUCAUUCGAAUUGAAAUACAAUUCUGUAGACGAGAAGAAAAAAAAAAUCAUAAAAAACUACAACCGCAGUAAUCUAAGCCGUCAUGGAGUCGGCCGAUGCAUUGGAAGAGGAGAAGAAGCUUCUAAAUGAAGCUAAAUAUCGAAACUACAUGUCAAACAUUGACAAAGCAUUGCGCAACUUUGAGUAUUCUAGUGAAUGGGCGGAUCUUAUAUCUGCACUGGGCAAAUUAAAUAAGGCUAUAUCUAGCAACACACAGUAUCAAAUUAUCCCAAGGCGGAUAAAGAUUUCCAAGCGUUUGGCUCAAUGUAUGCAUCCUGCCUUACCAUCAGGUGUACAUCUCAAAGCAUUAGAGACGUACGAUGUGAUAUUCAGCAAAACCGGACCUGAGCGCUUGGCCACCGAACUCUUUAUCUACAGCGCGGGUCUAUUUCCAUUACUCGGAUAUGCUGCCAUGAACGUGCGUCCGGCCCUAUUGGGUGUUUAUGAAAAAUAUUUUGUGCCUUUGGGAGACAAACUCAGACCAGCACUGAGUGGAUUUCUAAGUGGUGUCCUACCUGGCUACGAGAAUGGCCUAGAUCAUUAUGAAAGAACCAAUUCACUGCUAACACAAGUGUGUGUUGCAGUUAAUCCCAAAUAUUUCUACACAGUAAUGUGGGAAUGUGUAGCAACGAAUGCUUCAAUUCGAUUGCCAGCCAUUUCCUACCUCUUGGACCAUUUCAACAAAAGACUGGGAAUGCAGCAACAAGUGUUUAUAAUGGGACACAAUCGGGAUGUCAUGAUGUCUGGCUUGUGUGCUUGCCUUAAUGAUUCUCUUAUUCUAGUUCAAAGGAAUACACUGGAAUUCCUUCUACUUGGUUUCCCAAUGCAUACGCAUUAUCUUAGCGAAGCUGAUCUAGUUAAAUUAGUUACCAAUGGCUUGAACACUAUUCUCCGGAGAGAUAUGUCUCUCAAUCGUCGUCUCUACUCGUGGCUUUUGGGAACAGAAGUCGCCAAAUCGGCGGCAAAACAAGAACAAACUCUCGAAGACAACGACGAGAGUACAGAAUCUAACUUUGAUAAACAUUCCAAACAUAUUCUAAUUCAAUCAAUAAUAUGCACACUAAAGUUUAGCUUAGAAAGUACACCUGUUGAUCUAAAACCCUACAGAAUUAUGGUAUCGCUGCUGGAUAAGGCGGAAAUCGGCAGUGCCGUACUCGAUUAUGUACUCUGUGAUAUUAUUCGAACAAUGUCACUUUCCAGUGGGAAUGUUGAAGUUGUUAAAUCAGCUAAUCUACUCUUUGCCACAUUUGAUCCGGCCUAUAUUUGGAGUUUUAUGACAAUCAUUUACGAGAAGUCAUGUAAAAAGCGGAACGAAUCGUCACACUUAACGAGAAACCUUCGACAAUCAUUCACGGCAUCCAAAGGUGAAAAGUUCCAGUGUCAAGUGGGAUCAGGUGAACCAUCUUUAGUGGAAAUCUGCUACCUGACCGAAUUCCUACUCGAGACUAUUUCAUUAGAGAUGUACAACGAGACAACGCGUAUUUACUUGCCCAAGGUGUUCUUAGCGAUCACCCAAAUGCUUACAAUACACUCGGAAUAUCUGAGCAACGAGGAUAUCAUUGCCUCACUCAAGCUAUGCAUGAAGAUCGUUUCUAGAGUUCAACCUAUGAUAACAAGCCCUGUAAAACUUCAUACAAAAUUACUAAUAACUGGACAAGAUGACCAAUCAAUGGGAGGAGAAAGCGUUCAAAGCGCACAUGCCGUAAGUGGUAGUAGCACUGCAUUGCCUGGUAGCACGCUAGAAAAAAGUAAAUCCGAUUCAAAGCUUAAUCAAUCGGCAGCUGCUUUCGAUGUAGACCCAAACAAGGACAGUCUGAGUAGUACUGAUGAGCCAAUACGUCGUUCGAAUUCAAAUCAAAAUAUCGAUCGAAGGCACAAUACGAGCCCAAAAAAGACUAAAAAAGCAAAAUCCUUUUCGAAACUAUCCGAACUGGACAAAGAGAUUUGUCCAGAUACAGGACAAUUAAUGACACCACAAUCCUCGUCCGAUCAGGAUACUCCACUUAGCAUAAAGAAGCUAAAAAAUAAAAAGAUUUCUCCACAAUUACGACUCAAAAUCAAGAAAAAUCGACCACAAGAUUUACCAGUUUCUGAUCGUGAUAGCUCAGAUUCGGUUCUUUUGUCAGCUCUUGAAAACAAGGACAGAGUUGAAAGUACAGAAAAGAUAGAACAACAAAAACCAACAAAAGAGACACAAUUUAUGUGUCAGGACAAUCAAGAAUGUACUUCAGAUGAGUUUUCCAUAUUGGAGAAAUGUAUUCGACAAUAUGAGGUUUUCUUUGAAGUUUAUUUAGCAAGAAAAGUCCUUCAAAUUAAUGUGCAACGGACGGCAUGCACGGUCACUGUUAAAGUUGAAAUAGAUCCAGAAUCCAAUGCACCACCAAAUGUUGAGAAUAUUUUCAAAAACGAAGAAGUCUACGAGGAUGUGUGUGUUGAGCGUAUGCUAGAGAUUGAUCGGUAUUUCGAGACACUUCAAGUGAAUAUGAUGUGUCGUUCGAAACAGUUACAUCAAUUGUUAAGUCGCUCAUUGAUAAGCACUUUAGAUUCAGCUAGUGAUGUGAGUGAUGCUGAAUUUAAAGAUUGCCUUUCGAGUGGAGAACAAUUGGAUAAGUUGCAAAUGUUUGAUGAGAAAACUGAAAGAAAUAUUAACAAAUUGAUGGAAUUUCGACUCUCCGAAUCGCUUAGGAAUGCAAUUAGAUUAGCUGCCAAUUUGCUAGUUGAGAUGUCAACAUUUCCCAAUUGUAAUAAAAAUCUUGUUCUAGAUAAAACGGAAACUGAGCUUCCCAGCUGGCUGAAAGUUCUAACACUGGUAGCAGCAUACACCCAGAGUGACAAGGAAUUGCAGUUAGCAGCAAUAACCACACUCUUUGAUUUAAUAAGUCUUCUAAAAUCCCAAAUCGAACACACAACCAGCCCCGGUGUGACAUUUGUUGUUAUGCUACCUCUGUUAAAGUUCGGUCAUGUAAGCUAUAUUGAAAAUAAAACGAGAAUUUUCCAACUCAUUACGUCAGUACUGUGGAAUUAUUUGGGUGAACCAGCCAUUGAUCCAAUGCAAAUAACAUCUCUUCUCUACCAAUUACACAAUUGCCUCGAAAGUGGCAUUGUUGAGACAGUAAUAGGCAAUAGAAUGUCAAGUCAUUACGAUGCUCAGCUUUUGAAACUUCGCACUGGUGAUAUGAAGGCUUUAUCAAACUAUAAAAAUGAUAGAGCAUCUGAAAUUAAAAUGAUGUGUGUAUCGCCAGUUCAACCAAUUGAACAUACCGAUCAUCUCAAAGAGAGUGAAUCGCAAAGUUUCAAAAAAUUUGAACUACUUUGGCAUUUGGGUCGUGAUAAACAACCAUCGAAGGGAUUUGAGAAGACUCUCUUACGUGUGCUGGAUACACUGGGUCUUCCCUAUUAUAUGCCAAUUAGAACUUUUGUAACCAAAUGGCUACAAGAAUCCUUAUUACGUGGUGAUCUUUCGCGUCUUUUGAAACCUCUCCACAAAAUACUUCUAUCGUCGAAUACCCGUCGAAUUGGUAUUGUUCAUUUUCAUUUAAUGAAAAAAGACGGCGAGGAAGUAAUGGCUGCCGAUGCCAAGGAAUCCGAAGACAAAUGCGACAGUGUCACUGAUCGUGGAGUAUUUGCUAUAAGCUCCGAAGAUGGAAAUGUCAAGUAUCAUAUUGAUUCAUCGUUGACCAAAAAACGCAGUCCCAUUCGUUCAUUCCAGAAGAAAAUUUUCGGUGUUACCCUGGGCAGCAAGAAUAAGACAUCCAUAUUUGUCAGCGACAAGACCACAAACAGUAUAACAGAAAGUGACACAAAUAUCGGGCUUACAAUAAAUCCCCUAGAAAACGAACUUGAUUCUGUGGGUUCCGAAGAGAUACCUUCUUUGAGCAGCAGCGCACCAAAUAAAAUGGAAUCAUCACGAAAAAGCAGCGGUGGAAAUAGUGACAAGGAGGAUAAAAUAGUUGAUGUUGAAGACGAGGACGAUGAAGGACCUGGAAUGUUUGAUUCUUCUUCAACAGAUGAUUCAGAAUGUAGUACAUUUGAAACCGAAUCGGAGAACCGAGAGAGUGUUGAAAAAGAUUUGUCACUUGGAGGAAUUGGAACUGGGUCAUUGGGUAAUAUUAAACGUUUUGUGGGCGAUUGUGAAAGAGUAAGUGAAAAACUUACCGAACACGAUCGUACAAAAAAUCGUAAAACAUACAAACUAACACGAGCUGGCAGUGAAGUUAUGGAGAAACUCGAGAACGCUAUGCAAUCGGUUGUUGUUGAUGGACAUGCAGUCGAGGGUGGAGAUUCUGUCCAUGUUGCUGAUGAAUAUUUUGGCUCGUCGCAAGAUAUUGUAGAGACCUUUGUUGGUGAUUUAAUGGAUGCAGUAAGUAAAAGUUGUGAUCAGCCUAAGUCACUUUCUUCACCACGAAAGAAAUUGAAACGAGUAGAUGCAAUGAGGGACCAGAAAUCAAUAAAGAAAUCUGUGAGUGUGGGUUCGGGUAAAGAUAAGAAGCGAAUGAGUUGUAUUUCAAAGACAUCGACUGAUAGUAAUAACAGUCUAUUGGGUGGUCGUAGUUCAAAUGAAGAGAAAGGCACUGUCACCGAUUCAGAAGGUGGUAGUGAUGAGGAUGUGUUUGUUGAAGAGGACCCCUCGUCGCGGAGUGAAAAACAAUCGACAGCAUCAAGUGCCACCAUAAAUGUCGAAGAUAAAAGAAGAAGUUUGAGUUUGGAAACAGGAGGUUCAGGACACAAAAUCGAAUGGGAUCUAGCCAAGGAGACGCUUGAAAAGAGCAAACAGAACCUUGAGAUACUGAGACAGAAUGUUGCACUAGAAGCGGGCAAAAAGCACGGACACAAAAAGAAGAAUUCGAAAGAUUUCAAAAGAAAUUUUGAUAAGAUUCAUCCCUUCCACACAUAUAUGCUGUUAUAUUUUGGAGUUUACGACACCAAACAAACUUUGUAUGCGUUUCAAACACUUCGCAACAUCAUCGCAUGCGAUACGCGAACAUUCUUGUGCCUUUCAAUUACCACAUCCUUUUCGAGUGGUUCAAUGAAACAGCUCCUCAUUCGACAUCGCAAGACGAUUUUAGGUAAAGGAUUUGCUGGCAGUAUAACAAACACUGAGUUCAGUCAAAGCUAUCGCGGUUGUAUGCAUUUGGAAGUUCUAGUCACAAUAUGUUUGUACUAUGCGCGGGGUUUCUUCCACAAAGAGUCUACCGAAGGCAAUGAUAUUCCAAGAAAAGAGGACAUAAUAGGCAACUACAAAGUUCAGUUGCAGAGUGUAGAACUGCUCACACUGAUUUGCAGUGAACUCAUUGACAUUGUCAAAGGAAUGGGUAAAGGACUUGCUUGCUACAUUGCUGAUUUGAUGGCUCGCUGUAAACUACAAAAGAUCAUAUUACAUUGCAUAAAUUCCUCGGUGAUUUCGUUUAAUCAAAUCCGUGAUCACACUCUCUCCGAAGAGAUUUUAAAUUUUAACAAUGCUGGCGAUGAGCAUCUUCAUGCUGAAUCAUUCCAAAUUCAAUUGCUACGUUUGCUGAUGGCUGUGAUAAAACUCGAGUACGAAGUGACGCUGCUUCAAAAUGAGACUGGUUCUGUGGACGUUGGCAAAGGUAGUGAUACGACCAGUUCGAAUUCGCCAACUCGUCUAUCGGCUGAGGGUCCAGUUACCAAUGUUAAGUAUUUGCCGAACUGUCUUAUCAGUCAGCAGCAUAUGUUCCUUUCAGCUGUUUUAAGUGCUCUGCAGGCAGACCACUUGCGACAUGUUCAUAGAAACUGGACAGAUUUAGUAACCUCAUCGUUGAACUGUUUUACCUUUGGCUCAUUGACAAACAUUGUGAUCAGUGUUGUUCAUCAGUUGUGUAAUAAUUUGGAUAAAAUUGCCAAGUUUUCCCUCAAACAACAAUGCAAUUUCCCACCUGACUAUGUUGUUUCGCAAUUAGAAGCAAUAACGAUUCUUUGUCAUUAUUGCUUGUUGGAUAACACACAGCAAACGACUUUGUCGCAUCUUUUCAAUCAAGCUUAUCCCCAAACUAGCGCCGCUGUUCAAAGUUCCAACACCGGACAGCUGUUAAACAAUAUUGUACAUUCAUUUUUAUCUUCACAAAACUCUACUGAUGCCCAGAGUCGAACUGCUCAGCAUAUGGCAGCAAGGAAUGCAGUUCUUAGCCAUCUUUCGCGGAUUGUGACAAGUGUUGCGGCCAUUUGGGAUAGUGAACUAGGCCAAGUGAGGCAAGUUAAGCAACAGCUGAUGGAGUUCCUUAGCCCAGUAUCGUUGCAUCAUGGAGCGAAUUUCUUGGCUGCAGUUGCAGUCACUUGGCAAGAACGUGGUGAAGCACAUAGGAAGCGUAUGGCUGCGGAAAGAAAUGAAGCAAAACUUUCCAUUGUUGAGCAAUUCCUUCGGAAUUCCACUCCACAAGCUUGCCCCGAGCAGCUUAGUCUGGUUAAAUUGGUUUCCAGUAUUCGAGUAAUGCCGAUGGAUUCAUUUGUACAGACCCUCCAUCAAGUGGUGAAGUCACCACCUCCAAUUCAUCGUCCUCCGGCAGGUUUAACUAUUGAAGUUUCUGCAUUAGAAUUAUUCUAUUUCUACAUGAAGUCAGCUCCAGCACCACAAUUAGGUGAUUCUUGGAGUUCACUUCUAGUUCUACUGCGCGAUGGACUGAAUCUUAGUCCUCCAGCACAGUUUACAUUACUCAUGUUGUUAAGUGAGUUUGUACAGCGUUGUCCACAAAUGCCGUUUCAAGAUAAGAAAGACAUCCGUGAUGUUCAUGAUAUUACUUCACGUCUAAUAGAAGCUCUAACAACAGUGGCUGGUGCAUGUCUUGAACCAACAACAUGGUUGCGUCGGAAUCUGGCAGUUAAAGAAGAUACAUCUCCUGUCACUCCUGAUGGAACUCUUAAAGAUCUCACAGGAACACAACAGUAUUGUAUUCAAGCGCAUUCCGUUCUAGCUGCAACGCUGGCCAAUUUGUUAGACGUUGCCUACGGCUCUCAGGAGAAAGACAAAGUAGUUACGAUAGUAACCAACUUGAUGUACACAAUAAUGCCGUACCUGAAGAAUCACACAGCGCGCAACAUACCCUCUUUUUAUGCCUCAUCUAGCCUGCUUGCCAGCCUAAGUGGAUAUCAAUAUACACGGAAAGCUUGGCGCAAGGACAUGUUAGAUUUGCUCUUGGAUAAUUCUUUCUUUCAAAUGGAUAUUUCGUGUUUGCCAUUUUGGAAACAAAUAAUGGAUAGUCUAAUGACCUAUGAUAGUACUACUUUCCGGGAGUUGAUGAGUCGUGUGUCACCAGCUCAAGGUGGUAGUUUGUAUAUAUUUGCUUCACGGGAACAGGAAUACGAGCAGAGAGCGAUGUUUUUGAAGCGUUUGGCGUUUGUAAUAUUUUGCAGUGAACUUGAUCAGUAUCAUAAAUAUAUGCCAGAGAUUCAAGAACAAUUGGCAAAUAGUUUGCGACUUCUGCCUGUGAUUCCAGCUGUACAAUCAGCAGUGUUCCUAUGUUUCCGUGUUUUAUUAUUAAGAAUGUCACCGGAUCAUGUGACAUCACUGUGGCCAACAAUAAUUGCUGAAAUGGUUCAAGUAUUUCUUGCCAUUGAACAGGAACUUAAAUCGACUACAGAUGAUUUGAGAAAUAAUGCUAAUAACAACAAUUCCAACAACAGUAACAGCCAACAGAUGUCAUGGACAGCAAAUUCAAGCAACGGAAUAGCAUCGCAAAAUCAUCUUUAUCAUUGGCGAGCUGUUCAAUUGGAAACUGCAAAACUACUUGAACUCGGAUGUGUUCUGCCAGCGACCAAUUUACCUCAUUUCCAGAUGUAUCGGUGGGCGUUUGUCGGCACCGAAUUCAAUGCAUCCGAGAGCUCAAUCUCAAAUGGUGAUUUCGAUGAUAUGCUUCCAAAUAGUUCGCAGUAUGUGCCGCACAUACGUCGCAUUGCCCGCCUAAUGGAUCAGAAAUAUUCAGUUCAUUCUCCAAAAGCAGAUUGUAAACGUGGAACACAUCUUAUACUGACUUGCCAGCAAAUAGUUUCUUUACAAGAUUUGUAUGGAUUUUUCUCCACUCUAAGUGUUACAUGUCCCACACCAAGGAACUUUGCCGACACCGGCAAAGAGGUAUCCAGCUGCUUAGCUGAAAUUGAAGAAGUACUAGCAAAAGAUUUCCUUGAGAAAAUGCCCACAAGUACGACGCCAAGGUGAAAGCCAUCAGCCACUAGCUACACAACCCAUAAUCUAAAUGCUGAUGUUAUUGCCAAUAAAUCUACAAAUUCAAA